CCUCUAUCUUGUAUCAAUGUACAGUAAUGAUCCUCUGUAAUCACCGACCUAAUCUCUGAUCCAGUUUCAUCUGAAAUGACAACCUAUGGCACAAUUCCGACAUCAACGCCGGCAAGAGGAACAUCCGAUCUCUACUAUGGAAACGGACGUAUUCAAUCUGGAUUUAGCGGUCGUAGAUCAUGGAAAGAGAUGUUCGCGUUUCAAUCCAUUUCAUUUCCAUCAAGUUUCAGCGACGUUCUAUCUCGAAUCGGUUCAAACGCAGCUUAUUUCCGCGUGAAUUACGCGAUCGAGGCGUUGUUCGUCCUCUUCCUCAGCCUAUUAUGGCAUCCUGUAUCGUUAAUUGUAUUCGUCGUAAUGAUGUCUGCCUGGUUCUUCCUUUACUUUCUCCGCGACGAGGCUAUUUCGAUCUUCGGUCGUAGGAUUGACGAUCGAAUUAUCUUGUUUAUUCUGUCUGUUUUAACGUUGGUGAUGCUGUUCUUGACUGACGCGACGGUGAAUAUUGUCGUGGCUGUUGUAAUUGCGGCGGUGUUAGUGGUGGUCCACGGAUGUUUGAGGAGGACCGAUGAUUUGGUUGGAUGGGAUGAGGAAAUUGGAACUGGGGGUUCGAAUGCUGCUGCUUGGCGUAGGGUUGCUUUAAAAGAGACUGCAUCUUCUUCAUUCUCUUCUUGAAUCAUCAAGAUAUUGAUCAAUCAUGGGGAUGAUGAUUCAUUACCCUAAUUAAGAUUCUUUUAGAAGAAGAUGAUCAUAUGUAUUUUGUAUCAAUUUAUGUUUUAAAUAAUGUUUGUUUGUUUGUUUGUGUAAACAGAGUAUAUUCAUUCA